AUGCUGGAAACCUGCUGCGUGACAUCACCUCCUUCGCUCACCUUCAGUCAUCUCAUCUGCAGUGCCUAUAUUGCAUGGGGUUACCCAAACCUGAAGUCAGUAAAUGAAUUGAUCUACAAGCGUGGUUAUGGCAAAAUCCACAAGAAGCGAAUUGCCCUAACGGAUAAUGCACUGAUGGUGCAAACUCUGGGUAAAUAUGGCAUCGUCUGCAUGGAGGAUCUGAUUCAUGAAAUCGAUACUGUUGGAAAGCGCUUCAAAGAGGCAAACAACUUCCUCUGGCCCUUCAAAUUAUCUUCUCCCCGGGGUGGGAUGAAGAAAAAGACCACCCAUUUUGUAGAAUAUGGAGAUGCUGGCAACAGAGAAGACCAGAUCAACCGACUGAUUAGACGGGUGAACUAAGGUAUCUACCAUAUUUUUAUAAUCGGGUCAGUUAAUAAACGAUUGC